CAAUCCGGUACAUAGCACAGAACCAUUCUUGCUUCUGAUCGAAGGAGAGGUUAGUUGCAAAGGAAAUUUAAGAAAGUUAUAGUAAUUUUUAAAAGGCUACGGUAGCUAGCUAUGUAAUUUAAAAAAUGCUAAACAAGAAUACACGAGAAAUCCACAAUAUCAAUAAUUUACAUGAGAAACUAUAAAGGCUAUAAUAUCGACUCCUAGGUUACUUGCAUGGAGAAAUGUGGAGGAUUUUCCCACCUUGUCAAAGCUUGCGACAGGAUGUGUAGUACUUUCUGUAUGAUAGCCACAUUAGCAUUUCAUUUUUGCGGGUAAUUACAGGCAAAUAUAUUGAUAAAAGUUACCUUGUCCAGGAGAGAUUUGCACAGUUAUCAAAACGUCACGCCAGGGUAAGCCUACACAAAACACUGUCCUUAUUUUAAGUGUUUCUAAAAUCCCCUAUGGGAAAAAUGAAUGGUGGAAAAUCGAUUGAAACCAUUUUCCUGUUUGACCGCUAGAUUUUAUGGGAAUUAUGACACCUUCACUGUGGGUCUCUAUUACACACUUUAAUCUUAUUCCAUGGAUCCCUUGGCCAAAAGUAGUGUAAUCUGUUAGUAUUAUUCACUUAAAAAAAUGAAAUGUAAAACAUAUUUUGAGAUUUGACCGCGGACCCCAUGCAGUACCCCCACGGACCUCUCCCAACUUUGAGAACCUCUGAAAGCUGACUGCUAUCGCAGUGUCUAUGGGAGUGCCAUCCCCUUAAGCAGACAACGGGUAAAAGGCCUGAUUGAACUAUCUUCAUUUAUCCACCAUAUUUGAUGAAACUCCCACUCGAUCACUCGGUGCUCUUUUGACCGUCCUGGAUGAACCAAGAGCUGUGUUGUUUUUCCUAACUGGCUCUGGCACAGGAGAAAUGGUAGCUAGCUAGCAGUCUGUGAAAAUUUGGCUAACGCACGACUGUGAUUAUCUGAUCGAAUAAUGAAUUUACUACCAUCAAACGCACAUGGGAACGGACUACUGUACGCGGGAUUCAACCAGGAUCAUGCUCAGGAUUCAUCCAUACUACGACAGUGGAUAUUGCACCUCCGCCUGCCGCUAUCUAGCAGGCUUGUAACUGCCUGUACAUGUCGCACAUGGCUAGUCGAAUGUCGAACUCUUCAUUGAGACAAUGCUAAAAUUUAAAUUCUUGGGAUGCUUUGCUUGCGGAAUGGAGAAUGGGUUUAGAGUGUACAACACAGAUCCACUCAAAGAGAAAGAAAAACAAGGGACACAGCAUUGUGACAGCGAGAGCCAAGAGUUCAUGGAGGGCGGGGUCGGGCAUGUGGAGAUGCUGUUCAGGUGUAACUACCUAGCGCUGGUUGGAGGAGGAAAAAAGCCCAAAUACCCACCUAACAAAGUGAUGAUCUGGGAUGACCUGAAGAAAAAGACGGUUAUAGAAAUUGAGUUCUCCACGGAGGUCAAAGCAGUGAAGCUUCGAAGGGACAGGAUCGUGGUGGUCCUGGACUCUAUGAUCAAAGUGUUCACGUUCACCCACAACCCUCAUCAGCUGCAUGUGUUUGAGACCUGCUAUAACCCCAAAGGUCUGUGUGUGCUCUGUCCCAACAGUAACAACUCUCUGCUUGCGUUCCCGGGGACCCACUCUGGGCACGUGCAGAUCGUAGACCUUGCCAACACAGAGAAGCCUCCAGUGGACAUCCCCGCCCACGAGGGGGCGCUGUGUUGCAUCGCCCUCAACCUGCAGGGAACCAGGAUAGCCACUGCCUCCGAGAAAGGGACCCUGAUCAGAAUAUUUGACACCAUGGCAGGCCACCUGAUUCAGGAGUUGAGGCGAGGGUCACAGGCUGCUAACAUCUACUGCAUCAAUUUCAACCAGGAUGCGUCCCUCAUCUGUGUGUCUAGUGACCACGGUACAGUCCACAUAUUCGCUGCAGAGGACCCCAAGAGGAACAAACAGUCCAGCCUAGCCUCGGCCAGUUUCCUUCCUAAGUACUUCAGCUCCAAGUGGAGCUUCUCCAAGUUCCAGGUUCCAUCAAACUCGCCGUGUGUGUGUUCCUUCGGAACAGAACCCAACUCUGUCAUAGCCAUUUGUGCUGAUGGCAGCUACUACAAGUUCCUGUUCAAUCAGAAGGGGGAGUGUUCCCGAGAUGUCUACGCACAGUUCCUGGAGAUGACAGACGAGAAGAUCUGACCUUUCACCCUACCACCUCCUGCCAACGGACAGACGUGUACAUGGCGGAUGGGAUUAUUUUCUGGAGCAGGAGGACGAGGGGGGAUGGACAGAAGGAGAUGAUGUUUCUGCUCACCCACUGCUGAUGAACUCUACGUGAAGCGUCAGAGGGAAGGUGAGAGAGACACCAUCUCGGAAACAAGAGGAAUGAAAGAUGGCCCGAGAGAAUUCAGGACUGAGUGCCCUCUGACAACCUACUUAAAGACUCACUGUACAACUAGACAACUACAGCAAGACAGGGGGACGAGAACACUCUAACGGACGUCACCUGGGCCUCCUUGUCCUGCUAGUCCGGGGACGAACGAGGGAGACUUGCUUUUUAAAGAUGUCUUCUGUGAAAUGUAUGAUGAUCGGGCGGUUAUUUUUUAAAGGUGUAUAGCGUUGAUUCUACUAGGUAGAUGCAUAUAAAACAAAUCUUGUCAACUAACACCGCCUAAUUUAACUAUAGGGAGUGCCUCUGAGCUGAAUCGAGAGUAGAGUGUGUGUAUAUACUCGCAUACAUACAGUGCAUUCAGAAAGUUCAGACCCCUUCACUUUCUAUAUUUUGUUACGUUACAGCCUUAUUCUAAAAUUAAAUAUUUUUUUCCCAUAUUAUAAUCUACACACAAUACCCCAUAAUGACAAAGCGAAAAAAUUUUUUUUUUUUUUUUUUAGAAAUACCUUAUUUACAUAAGUAUUCAGACCCUUUGCUAUGAGACUCAAUUGAGCUCAGGUGCAUGCUGGUUCCAUUGAUCAUCCUUGAGCUGUUUCUACAACUUGAUUGGAGUCCACCUGUGGUAAAUUCAAAUGAUUUGGAAAGGCACACACCUGUUUUAUAUAUUGUCCCACAGUUGACAGUGCAUGUCAGCAAAAACCAAGCCAUGAGGUCGAUGGAAUUGUUUGUAGAGCUCUGAGACAGGAUUGUGUCUGUGAUGACACCAAGAUUGAACUCUUUGGUCUGAAUGAGAAGUGUCACAUCUGGAUAAAACCAGGCACCAUCCCUAUGGUGAAGCGUGGUGGUGGCAGCACCAUACUGUGGGGAUGUUUUUCAGUGGCAGGGACAGGGAGACUAGUCAGGAUCGAAGGAAAGAUGAACGGAACAAAGUACAGAGAGAUCCUUGAUGAAAACCUGCUCCAGAGCGCUCAAGACUUCAGACUGGGGAGAAGGUUCACCUUCCAACAGGACAAUGACCCUAAGCACACAGACAAGACAACACAGAAUUGGCUUCAGGACAAGUCUCAAUGUCGUUGAGUGGCCCAGCCAGAGCCUGACUUGAACCUGAUCGAACAUCUCUGGAGAGACCUGAAAAUAACGGUGCAGCGACGCUCCCCAUCCAACCUGACAGAGCUUGAGGAUCUGCUGAGAAGUAUGGAAGAAACUCCCCAAAUACAGGUGUGCCAAGCUUAUAGUCAUAUGCAUGAAGACUCGAGGCUGUAAUCGCUGCCAACAAAGUACUAAGUAAAGGGUCUGAAUACUUAUGUAAAUGCGUUUUAUUUUUAAUACAUUUGCAGAAUGUGUGUAGAUUGAGGGGGAAUGAUUUAAUUCAUUUUAGAAUAAAGCUGUAACAUGUGGAUUAAGUCAAGGGUUCUGAAUCCUUUUCAAAUGCACUGUGUAUAUAUACAAAUUGCAUGGGUGGGAUUUCACAAGGUAAGGCAAUUGAGUUGGUCAGAUAACUUUGAAAUAAAUAUUUCAAUCAUCGUACAGUUGAAGAAUUGAGUCAGUUUAAAAGUUCCUAUUUUGAUAUGAACUUGAUAUUAAAAGGCUGAGUAUUUACGGUGGUUAUCUGGUUAACCUCAGUGAUUCCUCUUGGUGAAACACCACCCUGGUAGAGCUAGGUUUAGCUUUUACUCACUGUAUAAACACAAUGAAUACGCCAGACUGAACAUAUGUAACGUACAGCAUAAACUGUACAGAAUUAGAAGACAUUUUCUGAUUAACAAGUGUUAUUGUUUCACUCUUCCUGCCAUUUUCAUGUCGCUGUGUGUGUAUGUAUGUGCAAUGUUCUUUACAGUAUGAGUCUACAUGAGGAUGAGGUGAAUUAGUACCUAUAAGCGACCCAAAAACACUGAUUUUGGGCUAGAUUCAAUCCGAUUGCCCCUAUGCGGCUAUGUACCUUUUUUAAAAGCAAGAUUUCCGUGUUCGCAGAGACUGCAUUCAUGGUAAACGCUGCAUAUGUCGGCUCAAUCGGAAAUGAAUGUCAAUCACGCUAUAAUGCAGCUCUUCCGUGGUCCGGAUUGAAUCUAGGCCCAAGUACUUUGAUUAGGAUGAAAACUCAAUGUAAAGCUCAAACUUGAUCAGUCUCCGGAUGAGAAUUUGAAUAACGUACAUCUUCUUAACGGAUCCUCACAGACAAGCUUAAUUCGUUCGGGUUUAUCAUACAUCCGUUCAUGAAUUAAUACAACCGUUUUCCCAGAGCCAAAGCCUUCCCAAGUCAUUGUGUGAACUGAUGAACUGUUCUGUCAUGAUCACAGUGAAUAGAAAAUACAGUUUCCACCCCCUGUGCUUACAUAAAAAAAAUGCUUUCAAGAUUAAGGGAUUGAUUCAAUCAGAUCCGCUUUAGUCGACAUCCGCAUAGUGGUUGUUUUGGCAUUGGGACUGCGAUAGAGCUGUCAAAUCCACAAGCGUCUCCUGCCAUUAUACUUAAAGCAGAAAUUAACAUUGGCUGCAUUGUUUAAAAGUGGAAUGUAAAAUAUGCCUCGAUUAGGAUGAUAGAAAUCCUCAUUAUUUAGUUUUCAAUUUGAGCGUGUAUAGCCUACACUUUCCUGUUCUGAACUUUUAACGUGAAUGGAACGGUGGGCUUCGUGUCAAUGAUCGUAAGAGCAGCUGCUCAAAGUUGACGGUUCCAACUCAGCUCCACUGUCAAAACAUCUGCUAUGCGGGUGUCUGCUAUCACAGGUUGACGCUUGAUCUGAUUGAAUCUAUGCCUAAGAUUCAAUCUGAUUUAAACCAAAAUCCACCUUCUUUGUGUGACAAUGUACACCCAUUCCUUUCUGGUGAGGUUUAGUUGGCUGGUGUAGUUUGCCCAUGAAGAGAACUCUUCUGCUUGUUCACUAUGGUCAGCUUAAGCAAAUUUCUAGCAUAAAUUCUGAUCUUCAUACGACUCAAUGUGUGGAUCUACAUGCAGUAUUAACUUUAGAACCCAUCUUAUGUUUGUCACAGCAUCGGCUCAUGUGCAUGACCUUACAAUGCUGUGCUACAAUGUAUUGUUUAGUGUAUUUGUCAUUUGUUCCGUUAAAUCUGAACUUUGUACCAACGUUCAUUUCUCUGUGUUCAAUGGGAACCACUGAAUGCAUUUCAUGUGUUGCUUCCUGCUCUGAUUGUGCAAGUGGAAUUCACUCACUACAUGAUUGUAAAAUCCUGCAUUUAAAUUUGUGAAUAAAACAUCAGGUAGUGUAGGUGACUUA